AAACAACAGAACACGGAAUGUUCUGCUGAUGUUUAAAGCGUGUUUGUGUGGCAUCACUGUCAUCGUUUUUUUUAAUAAAUAAUUUCUGUUGAUUAUUUUUUACAUUCUUGUAAAGUUUUGCCAUAAGGUGCUGCCGCAUACUUAGACAAAUUUAGCAGUUAAUGUAUUACUGUAAGUUUAAUUCCAAUUAAUUUUCCUAGUAUACAUUUGUACCAUAUAUAAAAUAUUUAUAGAACACAAUGCCACCAAAUAAAUUGAAAAGUAAAAUUUGGACUUAUUUUAAUAAAGCUGGGGAUAAAGAAGCUGUCUGCAAGAUAUGUAACAAAACCCUAAAAACUUCAGGCAAUACGAGUAAUCUUCGUGGUCAUUUAGAAAACGUUCAUUCGCAGCAACUGGCAGAUGAAGAUGUAAAAAGCAAGAAGGCUAAAACAGCUCAGCCAGCGUUGAAAAAAGUGCUUCAUCACAAAUUUCACUUGGUAGUACUGCGUUAACCAUUGCUGCUGUCAAUUCCAAAAAACCAAAACAACCAAAUGUUGAUGACUUCAUCAGAAAUAUGAAAAGUAUAGCCACGCAGGAUGGAGCUAAAUCAAAGAAAAUAACUGAAGCUGUUGUGAAUUUUAUAAUCAUGGACAAUAAGCCAUUUGCCACAGUAGAGGGUAAAGGCUUUUUGCAGCUAAUGAAGGAAGUUUGCCCAUUGUAUAAAGUGCCAAGUCGAGAAACAAUAAAAUCUAGGAUUGAUACAAAAUAUGAGGU